AUGCCUGCUGCCGCAGAAAGAAGCUGGGUGCACAGGGAAUUCUGGCCGGCAAGACCAGGAGUGCCUGUGCGGUUUUGUAGAAGGUGCAACGCAGUUGAGCCAAGUCUAGAAGAAGUACAGAAUGUGAUCGAUCGUGGUGGCAAACCACGCCGACACUGGAAAGGAGCUUGCGGCUUCGCCAGCACCAGUGCCAUGGUGAACCACAUGCGAGACUGCCAUGAAGAUGCUCUACCAGAAACGGUUUCCACCGAGAGGAGCACACCUUCAAAAAGCGCCAAGAAGGUCGACCUGCAACUGAUGAGAGAGUGGGUGAUCUACUUGGUGCUAGGCUGCCUGCUUCCUUUUCGUCUUGUGCACAAUCGCUAUGUCAAGGCUUUUUUGUCCCCUCGCUUGCCGGGCCUUGGUGGGAAGCAUGCCUUGGAUUUGGAAUUCAAAGCUGUCAUGCAAGACUUGCGAGAGAAGGUUUUGUCGAUGAUCCGGGCAGCACGAGACAGCGGCUGUCGCUUUACCCUAUCGGCUGACACCUGGAAACCCAAAAUGAAGAGGCGAAAACAUUAUUUGGCGUGCCACUUAGAUUGGACACAAAAAGACUGGAGCCACACUAGCGUGUGCAUCUAUGUCGGUGUGGCAGAAGCACCGCGGACAGGUGAUCGCUACACAGAGCUUUUCAAGAAAGCGUUGGAGUCGGUGGAGCUGACGCCAGAGCGCAUUCAAGCGUCCGUUUCAGACCACGAGGGGGCGAUUCGAAAGGGUUUGCGCGGCCUCGGUGCGCCCCUGAUAGGGUGUGGAUGUCAUUGUUUGCAGCUAUGCUGCAAGCACGCUUUGCCAGAUCUGAAAGAAAGGACCAAAAAGAGGAAGUCUGCCGCUGCCAAAUUGGAUUCGGACUCUUCCUCAUCAGACACUUCUGAUGAAAGCUCGUCUUCUUCGAGCAGUUCGUCUUCUGAAGCAGAGGUGGCUGAGAAGAAGGCACCCAUGGCGCCUGGUGGUGUGAAAGGGCCCAAGGGCGACCCCGCCUCUGUGGAGUGCAAGGCAAAGCUGAAGGAGUCGUUCAGCAGGUACCGGUCGAUUGUGCGAUACUUUGCUUCCCACGAUGACAUGUACAAUGAAAUGUACUCAGCAGCUGCACAAGCCGAAGUGCCUUGCGUUGCCUACCAGCAUGAAACCCCAACACGUUGGAGCUCCGCCCUGCUGCAGAUUGUUUCUGUCAUCCGCAACAAUGCAGCUCACGCAUUGCUGAGCAAGGUUCGCAAGCAAGUGGAAGCUGAGAUGUUGCACUAUGAGCGCCUGAAUGUCACAGGAGAAAGCCCUUUGUCUUGGUGGCGCAGCCAUGAAGGACAGAUGCCAGUGCUCGCCCAGUUUGCGCAAGCGGCUCUUGGA